UUAUGCUAAUUUAUUAGUUUCACAGACUCGUAAAAUUUAUGUUCUGAGUUUUUCGGAAGAAAAAGGAAAGCAGCAAGCGAAAGCAAAGGAGCCAUGGAUUUCACUCCUCUAACUGAUGCAUUGGCCUCCAAAUCCUACGAUACAAUUUCUGAUAUCUGCGACCAACUCAUGCUCAAGUUCGCAGCAGAGGGACUUCCGUUUCAGGACGAGUGGCCUUAUUCCAUUCAUCUUCUAGGCCACAUUUAUGUUAAUGAUAUUAACAGUGCUCGGUUCCUGUGGAAAUCAAUUCCUUCAGCUGUUAAAGAAAAUCAACCUGAAGUGGUUGCAACCUGGAGAAUUGGUCAGAGAUUAUGGACACGUGAUUAUGCUGGUGUCCAUGAGGCUCUUCGUGGUUUUGAUUGGAGUCAAGAAACUCGGGUUCUUGUUGCUGCAUUCUCAGAACUCUACACCAAGAGGAUGUUCCAGUUAUUGUUAUCAGCUUAUUCAACGAUAAGCAUCCAAGAUGCUGCUCUUUAUUUGGGAAUGACUGAGGAUGAUGCUGCAAACUAUGUGCUGCAGCAAGGUUGGAUUGUUGAUCCUGCUUCUCAAAUGAUAACUGUGAAGAAGCAGCCGAUUGUGACAGAGCAGAAACUGGAUUCCAGUAAACUGCAGUGGUUGACAGAAUACGUAUUCCACCUUGAGCAUUAAUUAUACAUUAAAAUGGAACAUACGGGUGUUAAUUUAGGUUGCUAGAUAAAAUGAGUAAUUGCUCGGAAGACGUUCAGAACAUGGAUGUGCAGCAAGGAAUCAUAGUUGUUUUGUUUCUUUCUUUUCUUUUUUCCCUUUCUUGGAUGCUUGCUGGAGCUGUCUGCCUUGGUAGAUGGAUUUCACCGGUCUUGAAACAAAUAUUAAUCUUUUUCAGUGGAUAA